UACUUUGUCUCAUUUCCGGCGGAAGUAAAACAAAAAGGCUUCAGCAGCAACUUGUGUGGACUCGACUGGAAAACGGUUGUGCUGUGUCUCAGCUGAAUAUUUAAUUAACCAUGUCUUCAGUUAAGCAUCUGAGAGAGUUUAUCAGAGAGCGACUAACUGCUGCUGCUGAAGAAAUCUUCACCGAGGUUGAGAAAACCAUCGUCCGCUAUGAGGAAGACAUCAAACUGCUGGAAACUUACUGGAAACCUCAGAUAAAACUCACCAGAGUCGACCUCCAAAAUCCACAUUUCUCCAUUGAGGAGAAAACUUCUGCCAUUCAACAGGUCUAUAUCCAUGGGAAGAUGUCCAGUCAUGACCAGGAGGAAGCAGAACUUCAGUGGACUGAAGAGGAACAGAUGGAACCAGAACCUCCACUGAUUAAACAAGAAGAACAGGACACAGAGCCUCCACUGAUAGAAGAUCAUUGGAAAAUAGAACCUAAAGGGACUAGAGAGGAGGAACCAGAACAUCCAUUUAUUUAUGAGGAAAAUGAGGAACCAGAUUAUUCACUCCUUAAACAAGAACAGCAGGAACCAGAACAUUUACCAAUUGGACAGGAGAAGAAGGACCUCUGCAGCAGUCAGGAGGGAGAGCAACUUGUCCAGAACCAGAUUGUUGCUUGUAUGGAUACUUCUAAUUAUCAGGAGGGUGAUUUGAGUAGAGGACCAAAAACUGACUGCAUCUCUAAUGUAAUUGAGAGCAAAGAUCAGGACGGAAGCAGCUUCACUGUUUCUGAGAGUCAGCCUCAUACUGACACAAAGAAAAGGUCUUUCAAAUGUGAUGUUUGUGGGAAAUGUUUUGAAAAUCAGCUUAACUUUAAAACACAUUGCAGAACCCAUAUAACUGAAAGGCCUUUUUCAUGUGAAAUAUGCAGUAAAUGCUUCUCUCAUGUUGGUAAUUUAAAUGUCCAUAAGAGAGUUCAUACAGGCGAGAAACCCUUUUCAUGCCAAGUGUGUAAAAAAACAUUCUCUCAAGUUUGUAAUUUAAAAGUCCACAUGAGAAUUCAUACAGGUGAGAAACCUUUUUCAUGCCAAGUAUGCAGAAAAAAAUUCACUCAGAUUAGUAUUUUAAAACGGCACAAGAACAUUCAUACAGGUGUGAAACCCUUUUCAUGCCAGUCAUGCAGAAAAAAAUUCACUCAAUUUUGCAGUUUAAAGGUCCACAUGAGAAUUCAUACAGGUGAGAAACCAUUUUCAUGCCAAGUAUGCGGAAAAAAAUUCACUCAACUUAGUUCUUUGAAUACACACAAGAAAGUUCACACAGGUGAGAGGCCCUUUUCUUGUGAAACAUGUGGAAAAAGCUUCUCUCAAACUAGUAGUUUAAAUGUUCACAAGAGAAUUCAUACACGUUAAGGAGCCAUUUGCAAAAUCUGUGGAAAAGUUUACCCUCAAAUUCAUUACUUAAAUAUACACACGAGAAGCCACAGAGAGAGGGCCAUUUUAAUGUGGAAUGGGUCUGUAACAAUUCAUCAUAUGACUCGAGGACCUUGGUCCAACUUGGUCCAAACUGUGUCACCAGCAGGACAAGAAAAGAAUAACAGUGUUGGAAUGGCCUAGUCCAGGGAUCUCCUUCCCUAGUCCUCAAUGUCUACUGUCCUGCAAGGUUUAGAUGCAUCCCUGCUCCAACACAGAUUAAUCAAAUGAUUGAAUUCGUCUUCACCAUGCUGUCAACUAAUGAGCCAUUCAUCAGGUGUGUUGGAGCAGGGAUGCAUCUAUAACCUGCAGGGCAAUAGAUCUUCAGGACUUGGGUUGGAGAUUCCAGGCCUAGUCAAAGGCAAGACUUCAAACUUACCGAAAUCCAGAGAGCUGUGCGGAAAAAGAUUUUUGUAAACAUGAGAAAAAU